UGCACCGUGACGUUCAGGUUUAAGGUUUUAAAGAAAAUUUAAAAUGGCGGAAACUGCUGCAGUAGCAAACGGAGGAGCUGGGGAAAAUACAGGGGCUGCUGAGAAUCCACAGCAAGCAGCUCCACAAAGUACAUGGAAUGUUGUAACUGGUGUCCUCUUCAGGAUGCUCAUGAUGUGGAUGUUCAUGUCCUGGCUUAGAGGAGGAGGAAAUAAAACAGAAACCCCAGCAACUGAUAGCACCGGGACUCCAGUUCCCGUUGCCGCUCCAUCAGCUAACUUGUUUGGACAAGGUGAAAUGUUGUCUCUAUGGAUGUUUGUUAACGAGAAGGAACGAAUGCAACGAGACAAAUUAUCGCUAAACGAACUGUUCUGGCAUUUAGAUGAAAUAACAUAUGGGUCGUUCACUGAUGGUCCCUUUGGAGAUGGAACUUACACUUACAAUGGUACAAUUGAUUUGUCACAUAAUGUUCAAAAUAACAAGUCUCUUUACAUUCAUACAUAUUUGACCUUGGCUGGCCAUGUCCCGAAUUAUAAAUUUGAUGGCGCAUAUUCAGCACAGCAUGUUGUAUAUGUAAACAAGCAAUUAAACAAAUACAAAAAACGAACAAUUAAACGAACCCAGAAUCUUCUGACUGGUAAAACAGAAACUGACCCAGAGUUAUUAAAGCAUGCUGAAAAGCAAGGUAAUGUUGAACUGCUGUCACAUUGGCACCCAAAUUUAACAAUCAAUUUGGUUGAUGAUCAUACCCCAUGGACCAAAGGAAAAAUUCCAUCGCCAUUAGAUAAGAUGAUACAUUUUGAUGCAGCAGGCAUGACUUACGAACCAAUUGUUUACUUGAAUGAUUACUGGAAUCUCCUACGAGACUUCACUCCUAUCAAUGACACUGUGAAACAAGUGAGCCUGUAUGUAACAGUGCAGCCAAUGUCUUUAUUUAAACUGCAAAUGUACAUUUCACAAAACAUGAGAAGCCAAUGGUCCAGUAUGCUUGGGGAUGACUAUAUGCAGGACUCGGAGCAAGACCAAGAUGCACUAAAAGAAGCAAUUCUUGAGACCAACCCGUAUAUGCUGGGCCUUACUGUUGUGGUCUCUAUAGUCCACAGCGUGUUCGAAUUUCUUGCAUUCAAGAAUGACAUUCAGUUUUGGAAAUCACGAAAAUCCCUUGAAGGUCUUUCAGUUCGUUCAGUUCUGGUGUCCGUGGUCCAAUCUGUAAUUGUUUUUCUUUAUGUAAUGGACAAUGAUACCAACUUUGUGAUCAAGGUGAGCAUCUUUAUUGGGUGUCUGAUAGAUGCCUGGAAAAUCACAAAAGUUAUGUCCGUGGGCAUUAGCAUGGAAAGGAAAUGGUUGGGUUUUAUUCCCAGAAUUACUAUACAUGAUAAAUCAACCUAUGUUGAAUCAGAGACCAAAAAGUACGAUCAGCUUGCUUUUAAAUACCUAGGCAUGAUCCUUUUUCCCUUUUUAAUCGCAUAUGCUGUUUACUCCCUAAUAUAUGACGAACACAAAGGAGUUUAUUCGUAUAUUCUUAGCAUGCUUUAUGGCUUUCUCCUCACCUUUGGGUUCAUUAUGAUGACCCCUCAGCUUUUUAUAAAUUACAAAAUGAAGUCUGUAGCACACCUUCCAUGGCGAAUGUUAACGUACAAAGCACUGAACACUUUUAUUGACGAUAUUUUUGCCUUUGUCAUAAAAAUGCCAACCCUUUAUCGCAUUGGCUGUUUCCGUGACGAUGUGGUGUUCUUUAUUUAUCUUUACCAACGCUACACCUAUCGCAUUGAUCCAAAACGAGUCAAUGAAUUUGGCACUUCAGGGGAAAAUCCUGAUGCACCUGCCGUCUCUGAACUUCCCACAACCCCCAAAGCACUACCCAGCACAGGGGACAAAAAGAAUGACUAGAGUUUUGCAACAUAACUCCUUAAUUUUAAAAUGUGUCGUCAGUAAUUUACAUUAUACCCCAGAGAGCGUUUAAAAGGAUUUUUUGUUGUUAUUGUUUUUCUCAUUGCUUUGUGUUAAAUUUGCGAAACUCUGGUCAAAAACGUGCAUUUGUGAACAUAUUUAUUACCAAUCACAACCAAUCUGUGUGCAAAUAAAAUUUGAAUUUCUAUCCAA